CACCAUGUCCUCCGCGCUAUGACGGCGCCCCGCGGUAGACGUGCCGACGACAAUGUCGAACUACUGCCCCUGAAAUCGAUGCUAGUAAACAAUAAUUACAGGGAAGAUGAAGCUUACUACCCGCCCGCGCCCGUUUUCAGCAAUAAUCCCUCCAGUUCGAACCUGUACGACUAUACGCUUCUGUCAAAGCGUACACCGGCUUCAAAACGUAUACUCCGCUCGUCGCAGCCGGCGCCUACGCCGCUGCUGACACUAUGUGGGGCGCCGCCACCGUCUCGGAAGCGCGAAGAACUCACCGCGCUUGCGAAUUUGAAGAAAAAGGUCGCUCCUGCACUUUUACGCCAUGACAGAAAAUGUAGAAAUAGCAACGAGUCUUCCAAAGAUGACAGCGAACCCGAACAGCUCGACAAUAGGCCGAAACUUCUGCAAAGGGUGCUACAAUCCAAGCCGGUGAGCAUGGUAGUCCAAUGGAGCGAGGUGCGCACCGCUUGGCAGGACAGUGAUUUCAUUACCGAAUGCCUGUGUUGGCAUAAUGUGUACAGACAAAGGCACGGUGCCCCUCAACUUUAUAUGGCACCUGAGCUGUGCGACUACGCCCAAGCUUGGGCCAACCAUUUGGCACACACCAACAAAUUCCGCUACAGAAACGAUCGCGAUGUCGGACAGAAUCUGUACCAGCGACCCGUCAGCGACAUCCAGCCUGACGUGACUGGCCAAGAAGUGUCUUCGUACUGGUACGCAGCAGUCCGUCAAUACAACUUUUUCAAAGAGUCAGAUGUUCUUCACGCCAAUGUUAACGCAGGUCACUUCACACAAAUGGUCUGGGUGGCGACAAGGUUCUUCGGAGUUGGUAAAGCUAGAUCUCGUGCAGGUAAGGUGAUAGUCGUAGCCAAUUACUCUCCUCCAGGAAACCUGUCUGGACAGUUCGAGACUAACGUGCUGCCACCGCUGCCUGACAACUUCCCGGACAUCCCUCAGCCAGAACACUGACGACAAUUUUCCAUACGUGGCAGACGGCUCAAAAUCGAUGCCACGUUUAGGAAGUAAAACAACAUCCGAGCAGAUUACAAGUCAAUAGUAAAUUUAGACAUGAAAAAAUAGUUUACAUAUAUUAUAAUUUAGUGUGGUUCGAGCGGUGAUAUUCUCAUGAUACUUGUUUGAUAAUGGAUUUCAAAAUUUGUUUUGAAUUUGAUUUAUUUUUGGAAAAAAAUUCCCAAUAAUAAUAGUUAAUUAGGUUCAUUACACUGAUUUUCUAACUACAUAUUGAAUUAAAGAAUCCGAAAUAAAAACAAAAACUCAACAGUUUUAAGCACAAACAUCUACGUUAAGUAAAACCAAAGAUAAUACAAAUAUCACGGUAUAUCACGGUAUCAUCACAA